AUGACCUUGCUGCUCUACCGCUACGAGGAAGCAGCUGUCACCAUGACGACGCGAGACUCCAACAUGCUCUUCCUCUUCCUCUUCCUCUUCUUGUUUGGUCUGGCUCUGGGGGCAGAGUCUCCAUCGAGUGACCGUCCAUUGGAGCUACAGCAAAGUACCUGUCCCCCGUUGUGGUACAAAUUCAAGGGCCGCUGCUACAAGUACGUCUCCACACACAAGACCUGGGCGGAUGCAGAGCUCUACUGCGUGUCACAGAACGCCAACCUGGUGUCUGUCCACAGUCAGCAAGAACAGGACUUUGUCAAAUUCCUGAUCAAGAACUUUGACCAUGCUGAGGGCUUCACCUGGAUGGGACUAAGUGACGCACAUAAGGAAGGAGGCUGGAUGUGGUCUGAUGGGUGUCCAGUGGGCUUCGUCUUUUGGCACGCAGGACAGCCAGACAAUUAUAACGGGCAUGAAAACUGUGCUGAGUUCAACUGGGGACAACGUCUGAAAUGGAAUGAGGUUCCUUGCUUUUUUACUCGUCCGUCUGUCUGUGCAACUCGCACAGUCUGUCCGUAGCAGCGGAGGAGGAGAAGG